ACACUCGGCAAAAAGGGGAGCUCAAAACAAAAUUGGACCUCGACAAGUGAGAAACUUUGCCGGAGUUGAUGAACUCAGAUAAUAAGACGGCAAAUCAGCUUCAAAAUUAAGCCGGAAUAUCUUCAAUUCGACCCAUCUCUUUCAUAUAUACAACUCUCAACAUAACAGACUCACUAAACACCCAACAUUAUACCGAAUUCAAGUAAAAGGGUCGGGUUUCACGAUUCAAUUAGUCACUCAUGGGUCGACCACCCACCCAUGGAGCACCUUCUUUCCGGUUUCACCCUGCUGAGGUUGCACACAUGGAAGCUGUUUUACGAGAUCACGGUGGUCAUGUUCCAGCUAGGGAGCAUCUUGUGGAACUAGCUCAGAAAUUCAGCCUAAUUGAGUGUAGUAACUCGCCGGAGCGAGCUGGGAAAAUCACAGUACAAAUGAAGCAGGUCUGGAAUUGGUUCCAAAAUAGGCGUUACGCCCUUAGAUCAAAAUUGGUCAAGUCACCUAAUCCUCGAGAUAUGCCACCUAAUCCUCGAGAUGAAGUAGCUGUAGCUCCAUUGAGAAUGGUGCCUCCUGCUCCCCAACAGACACUUGUACCAUCAGGUCAUAAUGUAGUAAGAAAUGCUUCUGAGAAUCCUCCAAUGGAGUUCGAAGCGAAAUCUGCUAGGGAUGGUGCAUGGUAUGAUGUUCAAGCAUUUCUUUCGCAUAGAUACCUUGAGACUGGUAAUCCUGAAGUUCUAGUCCGCUUUGCUGGAUUCGGGCCAGAAGAGGAUGAGUGGGUCAAUGUUCGCAAACUUGUCAGACAGCGGUCUCUCCCAUGUGAAUCAUCAGAGUGUGUUGCAGUUCUUCCUGGGGAUCUCAUACUCUGUUUUCAGGAAGGUAAAGAGCAGGCUCUGUACUUUGAUGCUCAUGUCCUUGAUGCUCAAAGAAGGAGGCAUGAUUUAAGAGGGUGCCGGUGUAGGUUUUUGGUCCGUUACGAUCAUGAUCAAUCUGAGGAAAUUGUGCCCCUAAGGAAAGUCUGUCGUCGACCAGAAACUGAUUACAGGUUGCAGCAGCUUCAUGCUGCAAACGAAUCAGCAUCUACAUCUGUUUCUGCAGAGUCCAAAAAGGCUGCAGUUGACCCUACUUCGAGCAGCACAUUGCGGGUGGGUAAUCUUAACCCCAGUGCUGCUUCUGCAAUGCCUGCUCCAAUAAUUAUGAAUGCUGCUGCUGUCCAACAUCCAACUCCAGCUCCAGCUGUGGCUGCGGCUUCAGCUCCGGCUCCGGCUCCAGCUCCAUCUCCAGCUGCGGCUUCAGCUCCAGUUCCGGCUCCGGCUCCAGCUCCGGCUCCGGCUCCAGCUCCAGCUGCUGCUGUUGCUCCUGCUCCUGCUCCUGCUCCUGCUCCUGCUCCUGCUCCUGCUCCUGCUCCUGCUCCUGCUCCUGCUCCUGCUCCUGCUCCUGCUCCUGCUCCUGCUCCUGCUCCUGCUCCUGCUCCUGCUCCUGCUCCAGCUGCUGCUUCUGCUCCUGCUCCUGCUCCAGCUCCAGGUUCAGCUCUAGCUCCAACUUCAGCUCCAGGUGUUCCAACUGCAGCUCCACCUCUAGCUGGAGAACUAGCUCCGGUUUCUGCUCCAACUCUGAUUCCUGCUCCAAUUCCAUCUCAAACUCCGACUUCUACUUGUUUCCCACCCGAGGCUCCAAUUACCCCUCCAACUCCAUCAUUGACUCCGACUUUUACACCAACUCCACUUGCGACUCUGAGUUCUGCGCCGACACCACCCACAACUCUGAGCUCUGCUCCAAUUCCAUUUUUGUCUGCAAUUUCUGCUGCAACUACAUCUGCAUCUGCAAUUUCUGCUCCAACUAUAUCUGCAUCUGCAAUUUCUGCUCCAUCUCCAUCUGCUCAGUUGUCGGCUCCAAUUUUCACUCCAUCUCCAACUCCAAUGCCGAGUCCAAUUUCUGCUCCAGCUCCAUCUUCAGCUCCACCUCAAGCUCUUACUCCAAUUCCGAUCUCUAUGCCAGGUGCACCUCCAGAAUUGAAAAAAAUAGAAAGUGACAAUCCAAGAACAUCAGCUGAUGAAGCUUCUGCUCAGGAUUCUAAUAAUAAUGUCGGUGCCACAAGCAUAAUAAUGGAAAUUAAGAAGGAAGAGAGCAGUAAUCCAGAAAAUUCUUUGAUCAUAGGAAACAGCAGCUCCCAGGGAGAAACAUGUAAUAAUCCUACAGUAACUGUUCUUGAAGCAGAAAAGGUUGGAAGUAGUGAACCAAGUGAACCUACAAUGCCAGUCAGUACUGCAAUAACUGAUGGUGAUCCAACUGUGUCAAAAAUGGAAGAGAGCAGCAAUGUGAAUGUCUCAGCUGAGCAUACCAAGGAAUGAAGCAGUAGUUAUAUAGUUUAGCUUAGGUUAAAUUAGUUUUUUCCUUUUGUUAUCUCAGUCUUUCUCCACAUUUCUUGAAAGCAAGCAUUAGUUGACUGUAAUAGUGUAUGUAGUAAUACUGAUACAGUAUAUUCGUCCUCUUGUUCAUGAGUAGCCCUUUAUUUUAGUUAUAGGCCAAUAGAGGGUAGGCUGGGACUUGGGAAUGCUCAAGUUAAAAAAAUUAAAGAGCUUUUCUUUUUCACUAGGAUUUUUGUUUCUUGGACAAAAUUAGCUACAUUUGUUGAUUUAUUAACACAAUAGCAAAUGCUAUUUCUGAA